AGUUCGAUCGCGGCCCUUAAUCCUGCACGCACGUACGCGCGUAAUAAAAGAGGCCGACGGAGAAGAAGAUCAACAGCAGCAGUCGAGGAGGAGUCACGAUACAGAUUGAAAGAGAGAGAGAGAGAGAGAGAGAGAGAGAGAGAGCCCGUUAAUAAAAAGAGCCGCAAGGAUGACGAUGGCAACGGAGACGGAGAACAACGGGCCGACGGUCGAGACGAAGGACAUUAAGGAUCUGAAGGAGAUGAAGGACGCGCUUAAGGACGAGAUGCCGCCGGACAAUAAGCAGGACGAGGCGACGAAGGAGUCCUCGAACGAAAAGAAGGAGGAGGCCGAGAAGAAGUCGGAGGAUGGAGCGAACGACGCGACCGCUGCCGCAGCUGGGGGCGACGCCUCCAACGCCGCAGCGGCGUCUGCCGCCACCGCUGCCGCCGCCGCCGCACCAGUCAAGGCGCCCGGCGUCCACAAGCCUAACUUCGAGAAAGACGUCGUCUACCUUUAUCAGUUCCCGAGGACGCCGCUUCUACCCAGCCUCUCCUCCUACUGCCUCAAGGUCGAAACCUGGCUCAGGCUCAACGGCAUUAAAUACGAGAAUGUUGACCACAAGAUGAAGUUCCGCUCGAAGAAGGGCCAGCUUCCGUUCAUUGAGCUCAAUGGCGACGAGAUCGAGCACAGCAAGAUCAUAAUGCGCGAGCUUGGCCAAAAGUAUGACAAGGACAUCGACGCGGUCCUGAGCACUGACCAGCGCAGCGUCUCUCACGCGACGAUAUCAAUGAUCGAGAACAACCUUAUGUGGGUCGUGGCCUGUUGGCGCACAAAGAACCUCGACCAAAUGCUCAAGGGCUACAAGGUCAACCUCCAGCACGCGCUCGGUACAAGGAUUCCCAACGGCAUCCUCAACUUCUUCUUCAAGUUCACAUACGGGCGCAAGUUGGAUUGGUUGCAGGGCGCGCGGAAGGUCAAGGCUCAGGGCAUGGGCGUACACACGGCUGAGGAGGUCCUUCAGUUCGGCUGCGACGACCUCAAGGUUCUCAGUGACAUGCUCGCCGAUAAGCCGUUCUUCUUCGGGGACGAGCCCACCGCCCUGGACGUCGUCGCGUUCGCGAAUCUCGCCCAGAUCCUGUACAUCGACAAGGAGAUAUCCUUCGCGCUCCGAGACUACAUGCAGGAGAACUGCCCGAAUCUCGUUGGCCAUUGCUCGCGCAUGAAGGAGCGCUGCUUCCCGGAUUGGGACGAGAUUUGCUCGACUCUCGACAUGAACACCCACCUACCGAAGCCGGAGAAAACCGAGGAGAAGGAGGGCAAGGAGGAGGCGAAGGAGACCAAGGAGUCGAAGGAGGAGAAGGAGGGAGACAAGGAGAAGGCCGACAAGGAGGAAAAGGACGUUGAGAAGGACAAGGAGUCGGACGAGAACAAGGAGAAGGAGAAGAAGGGGAAAUAAGGAGGAGGGUCGCGGGAGGACAGCGAGCGCACAACGCGAGGCCUCAACCUUCAGCGGCGGGGACAACCUGAGAUUUCUGAUUGAUGUUUGCGAAUCGGAGGAGAGAGAGAUUUCAAUGAGACAGAAUUAUUAUUGUGAAUGAUGCGAGAGGCCGACGUUAUGAG